AUGAGCUGGUGGUGGGCGGGCGCGGUGGGCGCGGUCAAGAAGCGGCAGGACGAGCGGGCGGCGGCGGCCGAGCCCACCUUCCAGAGCGUGGCGCUCAUCCUCGGCUCCACGGGGAUCGUCGGCACCUCCCUCCUCGACAUCCUCCCGCGGGACGACACCCCGGGCGGGCCCUGGAAGGUGUACGCCGUCUCCCGCCGCGCGCCGCCGGGCUGGUCCACCCCGCCGCCGUCCCCGGCCGUCACGCACCUCCAGCUCGACCUCGCCGACCCGGCCGCCGUCAGGGACGCCCUGACGCCGCUCACCGACGUCACCCACGUCUUCUACGCCGCGUGGUCCAGCCACGAGACCGAGGACCGCAACCGGGAGGUCAACGCCGGCAUGCUCCGCAACGUGCUCUCCGUGGUUGUGCCCGGCUGCCCCGCGCUCGCCCACGUCUGCCUCCAGACCGGCCGCAAGCACUACGUCGGCCCGUUUGAUGUCAUCGGCAAGAUCCCGGCCCCCGACCCGCCGUACACCGAGGACAUGCCCCGGUUGGAUCACCCCAACUUCUACUACGACCUGGAGGACGUCCUCUUCGACCACGUCUCCGGCCGCGACGGCGCCGUCAACUGGUCCGUGCACCGCCCCACCGUCAUCUUCGGCUUCUCCCCCCGCAGCGCCAUGAACGUGGUCGGCAGCCUGUGCGUAUACGCCGCCAUCUGCCGCAAGGAGGGCGCCACGCUGCGGUGGCCCGGCUGCAAGGUCGCCUGGGAGGGCUUCACCGACGCCUCCGACGCCGACCUUGUCGCUGAGCAUGAGAUCUGGGCGGCCGUCGACCCGUUUGCCAAGAACGAGGCUUUCAAUUGCAGCAAUGGGGAUGUGUUCAAGUGGAAGCAACUCUGGCCGCUGCUGGCCGACCGCUUCGGGGUGGAGUGGGCAGGGUAUGAGGGAGAGGACAGCCGGUUUGCGCUCGCGGAUGCCAUGGCUGGGAAGGAGGCGGUGUGGACGGAGAUCAUCCAGGAGAACGAGCUUGUCACCACGGAGCUCGAGGAGAUCACCAGUUGGUGGUUUGUCGAUGCCAUGCUCAGUAUCGACAUUGAGCAUUUGGACAACAUGAACAAGAGCAAGGAACAUGGGUUCCUCGGCUUCCGUAACACCAUCAACUCCUUCAAUGCUUGGAUCGAUAAGAUGAAGGCUUCCAAGGAAAGGACCAACCACUAUCGGCACGUCAUUUUCCUUCUUACUGAAUUAUGUCGAGCCGCUUGGAUGGGAGCCGUGUGUAUCUCCGUCGCCUGA